GAAUUUCUGACCAUCUGUCUUGUCCUACUCACUCGCUACCAUCGUUUGAUGUCCAGUGUGCACGAAGCCAAGUACACCGCGAUGCGCCAGUCGUUGGAUCGAUAUCGAGUAGACUUGAGCAAUUUGCUCAAGGAAGAACGUAUGAAGACGGGCUUUCUACUUGUGCAGUUGUUCUAUUUAAUGAACUCUACCUUAUCCGCGUGGUUCUGUGGUUUGGACAACAGUGGCAUGUUGAUUUCUCGUGUUUUGACUGGAGUCCGUACUCUGGCUGUCAUGAAAGAGAAAGAGUCUAUGCGUAUGCCAAGCACAUUCAUUGGCACACGCAUGUUGUCUUCGUAA